CCUCCACAUGCAAACGGCUAUCGAAGUGAGCCAACUGCAGAAGGCCCCCUCGCCCGCGAACUCCCGCUCCAAGCGCCUCUUUGAGGUUCGCGGCGUCCUCAAGACGACGCAUAGCAACGCGUCGCUGCAACCGAGCCCGCAAGGCCAGCGCGAGAGCCCUACCACCCACCGCUUGUCGCUGACCUCGAUGGACCACGACACCUCGUUGGCGGCGACACUCAACGACGGCCUGGCGACGCGCAGGCCUAUCAUGUGCGACUCGGCACGGCGCAGGGCGGCCGGCCGCAACGAGAACGGCACCAACGGGCGUCGCAUCGUCAUAGCCUCGCAGCCCUACCACGACGCGGCCUCCAGCUUCCUCGACUCCGGAUACGAGCAAGUCUCUUCCUCCAUCCGUCUGCGAGCGCUGAUCCUGGCGGUUAGGCCCGUGUUCAUCGCAGGCACCGCGUACACCGCCAUUUUCGGGAACCUCAUAAGCUUCAACACGUUGCCCGCCCGCCACGCCGUCCUGGUCAACCUCGGCUGCAACGCCGACCAGUGCGCCGUAGGCUGGUGGAGCUGGGCGGCUGUGGCGCUGCCCGUGGCCCUCGCAUGCUGCCUCGUCUGCUGGGUCUACGCCUACUUUGCCAGCCUGGCCAGCUCCGACGACGAAAUCGAGGAGCAGACGCACGCGGACAUGUCCAACUGCGCUCGUGUGCGCCUGCGCACCAUGAAGCGGCACACGGUGCGAGAAACCCUGCUCAUCUACUGGCUGAUCGGAAUCCCAGUCACGUACGGGGCUUGCGUCGUCCGACAUCCUGAAAGCUACCUGGAGGGGCCCCUGUUUGGGCUUUCCGUGGUGGGAAUGAGCAUGAUGCCGGGACUGACGUGCAGGCACUACUGGUCGCACCGCAUGCUCUGCUGGAGCACCAUCUGCUCUCGCAUGCCCUGGAACGUCGUCAUCAUGUGCGGCUGCAUCAUGGCUCUCACCAGGGUCGUCGAGGUUGCUUACGGCGUCUUCCUCAAGUGCACAGCCGUGAUCGUCAUAGUCACCUCCAUGAACACCCUGGGCACGAUCUUCUUCGACGGCGAGACGCUAGCCAACAACCAGGUUGCAGGACUCAGUAUAGUCAACGCCACGCACGUAGAAGCGGGCUGGGUGCAGUGAUCUCUUUUUCGCAGCGGCCUCCUCAAGUCCUCGCCGAACUCAAUGGCACGUGCUUCGUGUUCCACACUGAGCGGCGUAGAGGGAGGAUGCUGCUACUUCUGGACGCUAUCUUGGGCAGCGUAUGUUGUGUAUUAUUCAUUGUGUAUUUUCGUACGAUGUGCCAAAGCGACUGCCGCCUGGAAAUUAUCUUGGUACCGGUGCUUAAGGAUGUGACUGGUGGAUACCUUUAUCUAAUAGUGUGUGUUCGAACAAUUACUGAAAAUUGCGUAUUUUCCACGGUACUUAAGCUGUUUGUAACGACACAGCGUGAUAUCGUUGAACUCAGCAUUAUGGUUAUAUUGUGCCAGUAGUCGAAGUCGAUUCGCGUUUCUAUUGCUCUUUGUUCAUUAUUAUCACACUGACUUGUACGAUCUCUGCUCGUCGCUCCUGCUCCGUAAGGCAAGCGAAGAAGUUUGUGCCCGUCAGGUCUUAAUCCAUCGUGCACCGUGUACGAGGCCUUUCGCAGGACAAAGUAUCGAAGUUUGAAGCAAACGGAGAACGUGCUUACCGUGCACGCUCAUAUGUCGACGCUCUUUGAGCACAUUGUCCCAGCAGCAAACGCGGACUUCAGCCAUUAUGAGAAGAUAUUUAGGGUGAUGGCGACAUCAAACAAGUUUUUUUUUUCCUAGCAUUGAUUAAAGUUGUCUGGUUGCCUGCGAUGUCAUUUGCUUUAUGCGCAUGAGUCACGAGCCUCACAA